AUUACGGAAGCAUUCCCGUCUCCUCGGCGCAGGGGUAAGGGAUUAAGAUAAAUGCUAAGGAAACCAUUAUCGCUUACGACAACCACAACACAAUUGCCACCUACAACUCCUUAUGUGAUGACGAGCACCACUCAACAGCCUCCAUUGAACGACGAAAAACAAUCGGAAGAAACUAGCGAAGAGAAAAAGCAAGCUUCCAGCGAUAGUACCGAAGAAGAAAAUCAUUCAGCUGAAGAAGAAGUCGAAGCCGAUGAGGAGGAACCUGCAUCUGAGAAUGAAGAAGAGCCCAGAGCAACCUUCAGGCAACAACCCGAGUUGGAUAGCGCAACUCGUUUCAGCUUAUCCGAUCUGAUCAACACUUUGCGCCCUCACAACCAACCUAUGGGUAAAGCUGCUUCUUUGAUGAACCUGCAACAUGAACCUAAAGACAUGGGCCCUCAUGCCAGACACCACAUUCCCCAAAUCGAUGGUCAUUAUUCAGGAAUUAACGUGUUGACAUCUAACAGCGAAGUAGAUCAACAUCAUUCAGACUCUAAAACCGAUUCUAAACCAGAAUCUAAGCGAGUGGACGUUGAAUUCACAACUUACAUGAGUUUAGCCAGUGACACCGAUGUCAAUAACACACCAACUGAUCUGCCACCUCAGCCAGACAACUCGCUGAAGAACGAAGAGGCAUCAGCUACCUCGGGACCUUAUGCGGCGGACCAUCACGAAAUGCCCCAAGGCGAUGACCCCAACACUGGCAGCCACGAUGAAUUCACAAACGUCGAAACAAAUCAGGAUGAAGUUAAAGAGCGCGAUUCCUUCGUCAGCACCGUUCUACCUGAUAUGACAACGUUCAAAUACAUGCAGUCAGUGCGCGGAUCACACAAACAAUCCGAAACCGAGCAUUGAUGAUUCUAUUUGAGCAACCUCUUUCGAAUAAUUUUCUUCUUCGUACUAUUAAUAAUUUUAAUUUUGAUACUAAAAAUAUUAUAUGGAGCUGUGUAGAGUGCGUAUCUUCGCCAACGGAACUAUUCAGUGGAA